AAUCUGUUUUCCUUCCCAGUUUACUACUGCUCGUUCUUUACGUUAAAACAGAAACCCUCCAACGAAAACACUAUUUUCUGUCGAAGUAAACCAUGGCGGCCCAACCCAGACGAGGCGGAGUUUCCGUACCCGACAGACGAUCCGCCUCCAAACCCGACUCCAGCAUUCUCUACAGGAUCAUAUCCUCUUCCAUAUUUUCUCGUGGUAAGCAAGCGGCGAGCGACGCUGCUUUUGUCUCCGAUAAACUCCUCCGUAGCAUCGGCAAAUCCGCUUGGAUCGCCGGAACAACCUUCUUGAUCUUAUUUGUUCCUUUAAUCAUCGAGAUGGACCGCGAGCAGCAGUUCACUGACCUCGAGCUCCAGCAAGCUAGCCUCCUCGGUGCCCCGCCCGCUGCACCCGCGCGCUCAUAAGUAAUCGGACCUAGUCGUAUCAGGUCAGAGCUUCUUGCUGUUUAUAAAAAUUUAUGGCUGUUUUAGGCUAUUCUCCUUCCUUUGUUUACAACACCUUUUAGAUGCAGUCUUAGCAUUUCCCCCCUUUAAUUUAAUUAAGACUGUACUACUUUGGUAUUUAAGUUUUAA